CGGUGGGGAAAGGGGAAGGACCAAGUGGAGUGAGAAACUUAAGCCAUUCGGAGCUCUAACUCUCCUCCCGUCGUUAUUAUUAGUUACUUUCGUCGAACUGAUAAUCGGCGAGUUUGUUUCGAGGGUGAUUCGUGGGGACUUUGGACCCACUGAAGCAACCGGCGGCCUUUUUUUUCCCCCUCCAGCUAUUGGUGAACAGGCCGACGAGAAAUCCGACUUCCUGCUUUGCCACAGUCAGGAUGGCAGUCACACCUCGACGUGUCCGCCUGAAGCCCUGGCUGGUCGCACAGGUGGAAAGCGGGCGAUACCCGGGACUGACGUGGAUUGACCGUGAGGCCAUGCGCUUCAGGAUCCCAUGGAAACACGCCACACGGCACACACCCCAACACGAGGAUGAGGAUACCAUCUUUAAGGCAUGGGCUGUGGAGACUGGGAAGUUCCAGGAGGGAGUUGAUGAACCCGAUCCCGCAAAGUGGAAAGCUCAGCUUCGAUGUGCCCUGAACAAAAGCCGAGAAUUCAACCUCAUCUAUGAUGGCACCAAAGAGAUCCCUAUGAAUCCUUGGAAGAUAUAUGAUGUCUGUGACAUCCCCCAGCCCCCCAGCAGCCAAGGCUCUUCAGACGCUGGUCCUUGGACUCCAGGUGAUGAAGAUGGUCUUGAGGAAGAUAUUCCAGAUACACCAGAGUCGCUGCCGCCGUAUCCAUCCAAUGGCACUCCCUCUCCUCAUAUUAUGUGGUCUCCGCUGGGGCCUGACUCAUCCAUGCAGCCUUCAAGUUGUCCCCCUUCAAAUGAGGGCUGGCCCAAAGAGGAGUCUAUUAAAACCUGGCCUAAAGAGGAACCUGUGGAUGUGGAGAUGGAGCAAACAACACACAACAUGCCCACAGUUACUCUGCCUGAUCCAUCUUUGCAGCCCCCUCCCCUGCCUGACACCUUGUUUGCCUCUCCAGAAACGUGGAUCAGUUCUCUUCCAAUGACAGACCUGGAGGUGCAGUUUCAGUACAGAGGGAAGGAGAUGUGUCCUACAGUGACGGUCAGCAACCCGCUUGGUUGCAGGCUGUUCUACGGAGACCUCGGGCCCAUGGUCAAUCAGGAGGAGCUGUUUGGGCCAGUGAACCUGGAACAGCUACGCUUUCCGACCACGGAGCACAUUACCAAUGACAAGCAGAGGGUCUUCACUAACCGCCUUCUGGAUGUGAUGGACAGAGGUCUGAUCCUGGAGGUCAGCGGCCACGAUAUCUACGCAGUCCGUCUCUGCCAGUGCAAAGUGUACUGGUCUGGCCCCUGCGCUCCAAAUCCAACUGCUCCAAAUCUCAUAGAGCGGCAGAGGAAGGUCAAACUCUUUUGUCUUGAGUCUUUUCUCGCUGGUGUGAUAGCUCACCAGCGUAGCCAGUCACCAAACCCUCCUGACUAUGAAAUCAAUCUGUGUUUCGGGGAGGAGUGGCCUGAUGGAAGACCCAGGGAGAGGAAACUUAUAAUUGUUCAGGUCAUUCCAGUGGUGGCCCGAAUGAUAAGCGAGAUGUUUUCUAGCGACAACACGCGAUCGUUCGACAGUGGCAGCGUUCGCCUCCAGAUUUCCAUCCCAGACAUCAAGGAUAACAUAGUGACCCACCUAAAGCAGCUUUACUGCCUGCUACAGACCCACCAGGGUCAAGAAAACUGGGCAUUGCCACCUGGCUCAGCCCUGAACAUCUCCCAGGCUUUGCAGACUUAGUGAAGCAGCCAAACCUGUGAACCGAUCAGCCACAACAUUAAAACCACAUGCCUUAUAAUCAGUGUAAGUCUCUGCUGUGACACUAAAACAGCUCUUGCUCAAUGGGAAAUGGACACUGGACACUGAAUGUGUCCUGGCAGUGCAUUGAGUUCUUUGAGUCCUGUGGGUUGCGGAGUGGGGCGUCCACAGAUGUUUAAACGGAUUGGGAUCUGGGGUGUACAGAUCCUGCAUCAAUUCUGUGGGCUCUUUUAUUGAGUUUCUCAAGUCAUUUUUGAGCACAUUGCAGUGGCCCAUUGCCAGGGUGAUGAUUCUAGGUGGGAGGUAUGUUGUCAAAGUAACAUGAAUUGGCUCAGUGAUUCCCAGCAGAACACUGCAUUGUAGCAAUUAUAUUAUUCAUAUCAGCUGUCAGUGGUUUUAAUGUUGUGCCUCGUUGGUGUUUAUCUGUGUAUUUCACACUACACUUCAUCUGAGCGUUACCUAUUGUAAGCAAAGAACUGCUUACAUGUAAUCAUAUUUAGAAGUGUAGCCAAUACUGUAGGAUUUUUACACUUAUAAUGUUUUGUCUGGUAUAAAUUUGCUGCGAUUAUACUUUUCUCUAUAUGAAAGUUGUGCCUUGAAUACUGCAUUACUCAAUAUGUGCGUAAACCGUAGACUGAUGUGGUGGCUUCACUGGCCAAAGUCCUGCUUGCUGCAAGGGAACAUUUAACAGAGUUAAUAAGUUACAGAUAUUGCACUGUGCCUUAUUUAUCCUAGAAGGGUCCUAGAGUCUGCCAAUCGUGAAACUGGGCAGAAAUAUUUUGAAGCUACAUGUCUAGCAUCUAGAGAUUUGUAGAGUUUUGAACUAAUAGACAAAUAGACAAAUGUGAAUUAAAGUUGGAUUGAUAGAUUUUUUUUUUUUCUUUUCUACAGUUCACGCAUAACUAAGCAGUCCACUGGUGCCCAGCUACUUGAGAUCCCGCACAUGUAUGUGGCCACAGUAACCAAAAAAAGUCUUUUCUUUUGCGAUACUGUAUGUAUGAGUUUCGUGGUCAAUUGGCCCACAGUUUAUCUGGCUUUUGUACUUACUCUUACAGUAGAAGAUGUUUUGCAUUCAUAUCUUUCAUUGUAUUAAACAAUACUGAGUAAUGGGUCUCUUCUGAAAUGGAUGUUGCUGCACUUUGGGUCUGAAUUGUUUUAUGGCUUAUUGAAUGUAACUGUAUUUACCCUGUGAUUGCAUGUUUAUUUUAUCAAUAAAAAUGCAACUGACUGUGUGAGAA